AUGAAGGAUAUUCCUGCCAUUACAGAUAACAGUGCUUCAAAAAAGGAUUUUUAUGAGAUUCUCUUGACUCAAGUUGAGAGUAUCUGUGAAGGACAGACAUUUUGGGUCACCAACUUAUCUAAUGUGUCUAGUAUAAUCUAUCAUGGUUUAAUGUCACUUUCACACUUUCAAAACAAGCCCAUUAACUGGUGUGGUUUCUAUCUUACCGAUCCCAAGAAUGAUCAACAGUUGAUCCUCGGUCCAUUUCAAGGAAAGGUUGCCUGCACCUUGAUUCCCUUCGGUAAAGGAGUAUGUGGAACUGCAGCCAAGACAAGAGAAACGCAAGUGGUGAAAGACGUCCAUCAAUUUGCAGGACAUAUCGCAUGCGACUCUGCUUCAAACUCGGAAAUUGUUGUACCUUUGGUCAAAGAUAACCGGGUCUUAGGAGUAUUGGAUAUUGAUUGUGAAAAAACUGAGGGAUUUGAUGAAGAGGAUAAGAAGGGUUUGGAAGCCAUUGUAGAAGCAAUCAUCAAAAGCUGUGAGUGGCCAGAAACCUCAGUCUGA